GUGUUCUUUUUCAUACUCAGGGGUUCCACUGGAGACAAUGGAGGAGACAAUCUAUGCAAGCUAUGGGUCUGUGAAAGACCGUAGAGACUCCAAACUUGUGCGUAGUGAUGAUUUGGCAAAGACCUGGGAAGUGAUUUUGCCUAGAUUACAGCAUUUCCUGGUCUCCUCCAAGUUUGUGUUUGCGUCCAUUGUUCGCAAAGGCACACAGAGUAUUCGCGAUUUGGUUGUUAGCGAGAGAUCGGGCAAGGUCAACUCUUGUUCAAGGCACGGAUCCCGUUUGCUCUCACUUCAGGGUCUUAUUACAUCCUGGAUACACAUGACAAGAUGGCAUUUGUUCACUGGGAUAUGGCCGGUAAAGGCGUGGGUACCCUGUAUGCGUCUGAUACACAGGGAAUAAACUAUGCUACCUCACUUUCCAAUCAUGUGCAUCAUCACAGCAAAACUGACUUCUACGUCGUCAAGUCGAUACGU